AUGGCCCGUACCAACUAUCCUAUGCCCAUCUUCGCCUUCCACGACUCAUUGCCUGCUCCAACAGCCCCGGCCACCAAUGCCGAGUCCUCAGACUGGAGCCAAUAUCCACACAUCCAUAACAGCGAGAGCCAGAGCGAAGUUCGCUGCCAAAUUCCAGAUGGCUGGCCCUCGCAGCCUUCGAACGACGCUACCGGUAAUUCAAGCGAGGAUUCUGUCUCGGGCGUUUCGAGUGAAGAAGACUUACGUGCCGUCGAGGCAAUAAUGGAAUUACCGGAUUUCAAAGCAGAACUCGGUAGACUCCUGCGGCAGCAGGAACUGUCCACGGGACAGUAUCCGCCCCAGCAACGGGAGCUGCCCACAGGGGAGCACCAGCCGCAGCGGUGGGGAUCGCUUUUGCAGCAGCUGCAGGGACGUACAUGGAGACCACUGACCCCGGAGGACGUGGUCUGUCGGUUCGGUGGAUGCACCUAUAUCAGCGCCUCAAUUCCCGCAUGCAACGCUCACCGCGAUACUCAUUUUGACGUCAGACGCUACGAGUGCCCCGGUUGUGGUCAGCGUUUCAAGUUCUCAAGUCUGCGUGCUCACCUUCGCAAGAAUAAGAUUUGUGCGGAGGCCGGUGGAGGUAAAGAGUCUUGGACUCCGGAAAUGGAGAAGUUCUGCGUGGUUAGAACGCCGCCGUGGCUGGGCCACUUGGAUCCAUUAACUGUCGAGCAGAGGGAGUUUGCUCUGGUGGAGAUGAGAAGGAAACACUCACAUUGA